AGAGGAGGGUACCCGGGGGAGGGCGUCUGUAACCCGGCCCGAGGCAGCCAUGUCCGGAGUCAUUCAGCACCAAGGACGGCGCCGCGCAGGGGGGGAGCGGAGGUUAAACUCGGUCACCUCGGCGAGGGGAAAGUAAAGGUGUGUUGCGACGAGGAGUUAGAGACAUCCUUCACUUAUAUCGAUGAGAAUGUUAACCUAUGCCUGGCCAGCCCGGACACUAAAAGCGCUCACAGGCCUGUGCGUAAUGGCGAGCCUUGCUCAGAGACUUUACCGGAGUUUUCCUUCAUGUCAGAGGACGAUCUCUCCUUCGGGGAGGGCCCUGGGAGUUCUGUAGACUAUGGCUUCAUCAGUGCAGUCACGUUCUUGGUAACCGGGAUCUCCUUGGUGAUCAUCUCCUACGUCGUGCCUCGGGAUGUGGUGGUGGACCGUGACAGCGUGUCGGCGAGGGAGAUGGAGAGGCUGGAGAUGGAGAGUGCGCGGAUAGGCGCCCACCUAGAUCGGUGCGUCAUAGCGGGGCUUUGCCUGCUCACGCUGGGCGGCGUGGUUCUCUCCACGCUGCUCAUGAUCUCCAUGUGGAAGGGGGAGAUGUACAGGAGGAAGGUCAUCGCUUAUUCCAAGCGCUCAGCCAAACUGUACGGCUCCAUCAGCCUAAAGACCAGGUCCAGCCCCAGCCACUCCUCUGUGAAUUUGUCCCUGGAGGAGGAAAUAGAGGAAACUUUGGCUUAACAUGCUGCUCUGUUUAUGAACAUGUUGGGUAAAACAGGAAUUAAUGCCAUUCAUAUACAUUAUCUAGUGUAGCCUACAACUUUAUUCACACAUUUAUUUUCGUCUCAUACUGUAGUUAAACACUGUAUUGUGCAUCCACGUGGCCAACAGAAAAGCACUCAAAUGCAAAAUGGGGAAUUGCAAGGAAAACAUUAGGUGGUAUUUUGCAGAUAACGAAUGCACAUUUUUUCCAUUAAUUGUUCGGUCAACAAAAUAUCUGAAAAAUGUGAGAAAUGUCCAUUUCAGAUUUUCAAAGUCCAAGGAGAUGUCUUUAAAAUCCUUUUUUUUUUUUUAAUUAUGCCCAAAACCCAAAUAUGUUCACUUUAAUAUGAAAUCACCAUAUUUGAGAAGCUCAAAAUAAUAUUUGCUGCCAUUUUUGCCUGGAAAAGACGUUCGAUGAAUCGAUAAUUUGCAUAUAACAAUUACUUUUCUGUCUUCUAAUCGUUGCAGCUUUAUCAAAUUGUUCACAAAUGAUUUCAAAUGGCUCAAACCCCUGAAAGACACUAGGGAGAUUGCUAAUAGCUUUGUGAUCACUUUUUUUCUGUACCAGGAAUGCAAUCUCUGAGAACUUCCAUUUAUUAUUAAGGCUAUUCAUAUUUAAUGUGACUGUCUCCAACAGAGAAAUUGUACGCAGACACAUUUCAGCAGGGGAAAGUGUGUGUCUGCAGGGCCUGAGAGUGGAGGAAAGAUGUAAAGCUGUCCCUGUCCACUGUGAUGUGGGAGCAUCAGCUCAGUGGUCCACACGGUAAUAUCCAGUGACAGUACCCCUGCUACACUGCUGAGGUAAGCCAGUAUAAGCCCGGAUUUGUGCAUCUGAGCCAAUGCUCAACAUCGGUUUGAUUGCACUGUGUAAUUUCACCGCAUUGGACAGCACCUCUGCACUGUCUUCCUCCUCUCUCCUCCUCGUCACCACUUCCACACAAGACUUUCCUCCUGCAGUUCUUCAAUGCUCACCCCAACCUUUGUACACUUAUAUAUUCACACUUGUGGAAAGUGUCCUGGACGACCACGGCAAAGUGCCUGUGACAUUUCAACGAGCCUUUUCCUUACCUGCCUGCUCUCAUCCUCUCUGCUUGAGGACAGACUUAAGAACGCCUAAUCGCACAUGAAAGAGUUGCCCCACUUCCCCAAAACCUUAAGUCUUCCCCACUUCAAAGAGCUAAUUACAUUAACAAAGUGAGGUAUCAGUCUCUUUCCAAGGUUACAUUUGAUGGUAUCACGGUAAUUCACCUGCUAAAAUAUUUCUAAAAUAAAGCUUAGGAAAAGAGGUUUAUCAUGAGCAGACUGGGUAACAUUUUUUCAAUGCAACAGUGUACAGGAAAGACAGAAACAACUUCAUGUAAAACUUUCUAUGACGGCCUUGUCUAUAUUGCAUUAAAAACCUACUUGUGAUGCAUUAUAAUCUGUUUAUAGCACUUUCUAAUUACAGUUUAAAGAGGUCCUAUUAUGCUUUUCUGGUAGUGUGUUAUAUAGGUUUUUGUGCAUGUAAAUGGUCUGCAAUGGUUAUAAAUCAUAAAGUUCCCUCCAAAGGGAGUUUAUCGCACACAUUCCCCCACUGCCAGAAAAAGCCUUAUUUGGACUCCUCUAUUUACUUUCAUAACAUAUUGAUAUCACUAUGUAACACUUGCGUCUAUUCGCAAGUGUUCCAACAUCUUGUACGGGAUAGGCUAAGAGGGGGGACAUCUCUAAGCGGUUGACCAAUCACAACAGAGCCGGCAAGCUAACCAAUCAGAGCAGACUGGGCUCUGGUU